UCGGGCACCGUGCGAUACACCGAUGGAUUCAUUACAACUUCUUCUGUUGAGAUGCCAAGUAUAAUAAUAAAGUUCAUAAAGUCUCAACAAACAAAUAAUGUUGACUCCUUUAAUGGAGAAAUCAGAAUGAUGGCAGUUGAAUGGGACAGUGUUGCAAAAUAUAAUGGAAAUGCUUCCAUCAAUGCUACAUUUCAAGCUGUUCUCGUCACAAAU